UGUAUCCAUAAAACGCUAGUAUUUCCGAUAUGAGCAUUUGACUCAACAAGUGCUCAGCAGCCUGUCACACAAGUGAUGGAACACACUAAGCACACCGAGUUCAUGUCGAAGGACAAAAAGGAUACUGAGGACACUAGUCUGGGCCUCAAUGGAUACUUUGACAGCGUGCUCCAAAGACCUCUCGUUGCUCUCGAGGAUCGGGCCGCGGAGUCCGGCUCGCACCGAUCGGCGGUCUCGGGGACUGAGAGCUGGAAUGAGGAGGGCACCAGAAGUGUGGAGGACAACGAGGUGAACCUCCCGUCUCUGGCCGCAGCCUACACGACCAUUUUACGUGGGCUUGGGGAGGACCCAGGGCGGCAGGGUCUCGUCAAAACUCCAUGGAGAGCUGCCACAGCCAUGCAGUUCUUCACCAAGGGCUACCAGGAGACAAUCAUCGAUGUGUUGAAUGAUGCUAUCUUUGAUGAGGACCACGACGAGAUGGUGAUCGUCAAAGACAUUGACAUGUUUUCCAUGUGCGAACAUCAUUUGGUCCCCAUCAUUGGCAGGGUUCACAUUGGUUACCUUCCCAACAAGCGAGUUCUGGGUCUCAGCAAGCUGGCCAGGAUGAAGAAUAUUGUCAACAAUGGAGUCCAGCCGAUACCACGCCAAGGUCCUCCUCCCACCCACCCUCGCCUGAAACCACCGUCAAAUAAGAAGCGAAAGGCCCCUCCUCCACCCAUGAAGACUAUCUGUAAAUCUGACUGAUAUUUACCGGGUCUUUUCCAAAAUUAACCCGUAUGGAGUACAAGCAUUUUUCAUCCCUGUAAUUAUAAGGGACAGAAAGUUGGUCAAAAAGAUAUGGCACCAAAAAAACAGAACUUCCAACUUAGUUAUAAAAUGUGAGUCUAUCGAACCAUUCUCUCCAAUCAUCUCUGCGAGACUAUCUCUUUUUAAUAUCAGGUCAUUGGGUAACAAAUCAAUGUUAAUCAAUGACAUCAUUACAACGUAUGAUCUGUAUUUUUUGUUAUUAAAUGAAAUGUGGUUAACAGAAAGUAGCUGUAAUACCAUUUUAAAUGAGGCAACACCAGCAGAUUUAAAUUUUAUGAACAAGUGUCGUACAGGGAAAAAAGGUGGUGGUAUUGUUGUUAUUUUCAAAUCAUUAUUUCAAUUUAAACAAAUUAUACUGGGUGAAUUUAGCUCUUUUGAAUAUCUGUGUUUUUUAGUUAAGGGUGACCCAAAGGUAAUAAAUUUAAUCAUUUAUAGACCUCCAAGAUACAAUGGAAAAUUUCUGGAGGAUUUUUCAGAACUGCUGUCAGUUAUUUGUACUGAGUACAACUACUUUGUCGUAACAGGGGACUUUAACAUUCACGUUGACAAUACCAUAGAAAAAACAUCCAAAGAACUUUCUGCAACAAUAGACACGUUUGACCUCUCUCAACAUAUUAAGGGUCCAACUCACACUUAAGGUUGCAUCUUAGACCUGGUCAUCUCUCAAGAUGUUGAAAUUCCAUCAAUUGACAUUAAGGAUAUGGCUGUUUCUGACCAUUCUUGGGUAUUUUUUUCAUUACAGAUUGUUCAAAAAGUUCAGACAGCUUCUAUAGGAAAUGGUACAUAAAUUAGAGUACUACCACUAAGUUUAUGGAGACUGGCUGUGCCACAGACUGUGAAUGCUGAGACUGUUGAUGGACCUUUGGACAGACCAUCCUGAGGCGACCUAGAACACUGUGGAAGAGCACAAUGAUGGUCAAGAGAUCUAAAUCGGAUUGUAGGAAAGCAGAACGCAAGUGGAGAAAAACUAAACUCCAAAUUGACUAUGACCUCUACAUACAGUUUCUUUGUCAUUUUAACCAAGAGUUAGUUAGAGCUAGACAGCAACACUUUUCUGAAUUCAUCAGUAAGAACCUCAACAAUAAUUAAUAGAAACCAAUAAUUAUUUUUUCCUGUCGCAAUUUAAAACCAGUCACCAGCCUCUAGUUUUUGGAUCACUUUUACUUCGGUUAAUUUAGAUUUAGAAGAAGGGGUACUUGUAGUUAUCUCUGUGUCCUUGAGACUCUUCUUGCCUUCGUAAAGAAGUAAGGUGAGGUGUAUUUGCUUCUUCAUAAAAAGGUGGUUUCAAAGGUACUUUGGUAGUGCUCAAAAUCAUUUGGAGUGUCAAAGGUUUUUCAUAGUAGGACAACAUUCCUACACUCCACAGAUGUGUCAUAAGGAGGAAGAAUGUUGUCACGAUUGUGACCACGCCACAGCCUCCUAAUUUGAGACUUAACGACUUUUAGGGUAGGCAUUUUAUCGAGGUGUCCCUAAUAAGUGAGGUGUCUUUUAAUGUCUUCUUUGACUUUUUGAUAUUUUUAGACGCUAUAAGUCUACAUACACCCAGCCUCGAGUCAGCUUUUCGCUCACCUUACCAAAUGCAUCCUAGACUGAAAUGGCCUUUUUACAAUGUGUCAAAUUAACCUAAAUUUUGUUUUCUAUUUUAUUUAUUUAUUUUUUAAGCUGUUGGCAUUGUCGGUAACUCCUUCCUCAUGCCUCUCACAAGUACCCAGCCUCCCAACUCCACUACUUUGGCCUCCUGUUGAGAGCCUGAAAGAUCCUUAUCACUUGGUGCUUGUGUGUGUCCCUGUUAUUUUAACUUUAUUUUACUUUAUUUAACGUUAUUUUUAUUUUUUCCUCAUAUAGUCAGCUAAAUUCAAAUCAUCCUUAGUUUCAUAUUGGCCUUAUAAACAAUGUUUCAUGCAGUUUUUUAGGCCUGAAAUAGUCAUAAUGUUGAUGUAAAAUUUAACAAAAUCUAAACUUUGUCCAUAGUAUGUUUCCUCCAUAGACUUUUUAAUCUGUUUGCCUAUAAGUGCAAUGUUUUAAAUCAUGAAAAUUUGUCCCGAUUUUGACAAAUUCUCUUUUUUUCUUUGAUUUACCAAAACGCGUGCCAUUGGCACUGUUAAUUGCUUUUGGAAUGUUAUAGCGUCGUACUAUGUCCUUACAUAAUAUAUUUGCUACUGUUAGAGCGCCAAAGUGUUUUGUUGGAAAUAACUAUCCAUUUAGAGAAUGUUUCUGUAAUGGCCAUACAACAUUUUUUUCCUUCACUUCGAUCUAAUUCAAUAAAAUCUAUAUAUAUUUUUGAACGGGAUAAUUAGGUUCCGGAAACCUCCCCCUUUUUGGUCUGAGCCUUGUGGGUUAUGUUUAGCACAGAUCAAACAUGCUUUACACAUUUUUUUGAUAAAUUGUAUCAUGCAUCUAGUCUUCAUUUCCCUCCUGUUUGAGACAUGUAAAAAUUUACAUAAUGUUUUUUUUGUAAACUGGGUUUUUAGUUCUGUGCUAACAUAAACUCCACCUUUUUUAUUUAUUUAUUGCUCCUUGUUUGUGCCAAUUUUCCUGUUCUUGCAUUAGGCUUUAUUGUUGCAUAUUAAUAGGUGUUUGGUUAUCUAAAUGUUGUUGUGACAUUGUCUCUUUUUGUCCCAGAAAUGUUUUUGAAGAUUUCUUCCUUGGCCGUUCUAUCCGGAAAAUCAUUUACUCUUUAGACUAAGGCUGUUUUGUGUGUGUGUGUGUGUGUGUGUGUGUGUGUGUGUGUGUGUGUGUGUGUGUGUCUGUCAAGGACAUUUGCAUUCAGCUAAGGUCUGUGGCCGUUGCACUGCUUCUAUUUUUCUGAUGAGUUCCACAUAUGGAACUGAUUUGCCUGUUGUCAUCAUACUUCUAUUCUUUCAAAAUUACGCAACGGUGGGUACUGUGGCAAAUGCACAUAAACCAUUUGUGUAAAUAGUAACAUCCUUUCCUCAUUAUUUUACACACUUCUUUUAAUACUACACAUGCUGCUGGCUGAGCAAUUUAAUGCUUGACGCUCAUCUUUUUAUUGCAGUGUGUCCAUGUUGUUGCACGAAGCUGAGGUUUGCUGUUGUCUGGCAAGGCCCCUCCCGUGAUUGACACUAAAACUUGUUAUAUUUGGCAAAGGGCUUUUUUCUGCUCCAUCAGUUUAUUUCAACAAUGUCACUUUUAAGUCUAUCUCAUAUAUUAUUUAACUUGUUUUAGUCCAAUGUGCCUUAGCUGCGAAUUUCCUCUUUUGAACCAGGUUAGGGUUAGGUUAUUCUUCAACUGCUGUUCAAGAGGCCCAUUUGCAUUUUUAUCUUCCUGCCACCCGCUAUUAAUCUUUAAUACAGUUGUCAUUUUCACUCUGUAUUCCUCAAAAGGCUCCUUUUGUUUUACUCUUUUUGUUUAAUUUGGUCUGUCUAAAAUGCUGGGUUGCUCUCACAAUUUUCAAAUUUGAUUUAUGUUGGAUUUGUGUGAAGUGAUAACUUCCACACCUUUUUGACAUCAUUUUUGUUCAAGUCCUAUACAUUAAA